AUGGUUAGUAGGAGGCGUCUAACUGUAUCUGGCGAUCACAAGCCCGAAGAACAGUCAUGUUGGUCCAAACCCACUGUUUAUCAUGCUGCCAUCGUGAUAUUCCUAGAGUUCUUUGCCUUCGGAUUGCUAACCACCCCAAUGAUCUCGGUUUUAGAUGAGACAUUUCCCAAACAUACCUUUCUAAUGAAUGGUAUCAUUCACGGAGUAAAGGGAAUAUUAUCCUUCCUUAGUGCACCAUUUCUGGGUGCUCUUUCAGAUAUGUUUGGACGAAAGCCUUUCCUACUUCUAACAGUAACCUUCUCUUGUUCCCCAAUACCACUGAUGAAAAUCAGUCAUUGGUGGUAUUUUACAAUGAUCAGUAUAUCAGGUAUUUUCGCAGUGACAUUUUCAUUUGCUUUGGCAUAUGUCGCUGAUAUCACAUCAGAAGAAGAUAGAAGCUGGGGAUAUGGACUAGUUUCAGCUACAUUUGCCGCCAGUCUUGUCAGUUCGCCUGCAAUUGGAGCUUAUCUUGGUCGUGUAUAUAGUGAAGAAUUAAUUGUUGCACUAGCUACUGCUAUUGCAUUUUUGGACAUUUGUUUUAUACUUGCUUGUGUACCUGAAUCUUUAUCGGAAAAAGUACGUAUUGGUCAUUUGUGCUCUGUAACUACAUUGGGUGGACCAGUUGGUAAAUUCUCAUGGGGUAAAGCUGAUCCUUUUGCGACAUUACGUCAAAUGACAAAUGAUCAUCUUGUUCUUAUGAUAUGUAUUACAACAUUUUUAUCCUAUUUGCCAGAAGCUGGACAAUAUUCAUGUUUCUUCGUUUAUCUUCGCCUAACACUUAUUUUAUCUUUAUUAAAUCGUAUUAUGCGACCAAAACGUGUUAUUAUAUUUGGUUUAAUAUUUGAAGCAAUUCAAUUAACAUUAUAUGGUUUUGUUACAAAUUCUGGCUUAUUAUGGUCAGCUGGUUUAAUUGCUGCUACGGGCUCUAUCACAUAUCCUGCUCUAAGUACAUUUAUAUCAACUCAUGCUGCAGCAGAUCAACAAGGUGUAGCACAAGGUCUUAUCACGGGAAUACGAGGUUUAUGCAACGGACUUGGACCUGCUCUGUUUGGGUUAUUCUUUUAUAUAUUUCGAGUUGAUCUCAAUGAACAUACAUCAGGUGUACAUAUAAUCAACAAGGAUAAGAGUAACUCCCUAGUAUCUGAUACUGUACAACUUUUACAAGAACGUUUAAUACCAGGACCACCAUUUGCUUUUGGUGCUAUUCUAGUUCUGUUAGCAAUUCUAGUAGCUAUUUUUAUACCGGAAAAGCAGACAUCACCUGAAUUGAGUCAUUCAAAAAUUAUCACUGAUACAUAUGAAUCAACACAUGGUGCCAAUAUUUAUGGCGGUGAAACUCGACUAAGGCGUAGUUCACCAUCAGGUCAAUCUCAUAAAACUACAGCGGAUUUUGAUCAAUUCACAUGUGGAAUGGGUGCACCUAACACUGGUGACAGUGACAAAUCGAAAUUGAUAAUGAGUACUGUUGAAAUGUCUAAGUAUAAUCUAAAAAGUGGCAUUUCACACAGUAAUUCAAUCGAUAACAGUGGUAUUUGGAAUCGUUUAAUGACUGGUCUUACAGAUUUUCGUAAUCCAGUUUAUAUAAAACAACGACCGAGUCGUGUUUAUCGUCAAUCAAAAACUCGUUUUAGUACGGCAGGUAUUGUAGAACCAUUUCGUCGAUUAUUUAUUCGAAAAACUUAUGAUGGAAAUAUUGGUAGUUGUGGUGUUAGCGGUAGUGGUGGUGGUGGAUUUCUUGAUCAUGAAGCACGUCUUCAUUAUUCCAGACUGCCCUUUACUGUUAUCUCAUCAUCAGAUAAUAGUAGUCCGAAAUAUUUAGACGAUAUAUCAAAGAAUGAUUUACUAUUUUCUAAUCCUUUAUUAUUAAAUCCUGGUGAAUCCGAGGAAGCAGCUGAUCUCAGUAAUUAUCGUGCACAUCAUUUCCGACGUAUGUUUAUUACUCCUAAUACAGCAACUACUACUCCUUUUAUUAAUAAUAAUAAUCAAAGUACUAUUACUACUUCUUCAUCUGAAUUUCAUCCAUCACAAAACUAUAAUCCUACUAGCUCAUUGUUAAUCACUUCUAAUGAAACUGGUCAAUUAAAUCCAUUGGGAGAGAAUGAAGAAGAUACAUUUAUUAAACAUUGCAAUUCUUCCAUAUCACCUAUAAUUAGUCCUACAGGUAGGAAAAUAAUGAAACAAAAGUUUUUUACAACAAAUUUUUAUAAAGAAUCAAUUCAUGAUACAUGA